AUGCUCUUGACAACGCCCUCAUCUCGAGGGUCAAGGACGCAGUCGGGCAUCGCGAACGUUUCGUCGUGGGCCUUGUCGCUACUCCUCCUGCUCAGUCCGCCCCUAGUCUCAGCCAAAUCUGCUGCAGACUAUUAUGUACGAUCAUUGCCUGGUGCCCCAGAAGGGCCCUCGUUGAAGAUGCAUGCCGGGCAUAUCGAAGUAGAUGCCCAGAAUAAUGGCAACCUUUUCUUCUGGCAUUACCAGAACCGUCACAUCGCCAACCGCCAGAGAACAGUGAUCUGGCUGAACGGCGGGCCAGGAUGCAGUUCGAUGGACGGCGCUCUCAUGGAAAUCGGUCCAUACAGACUCAAGGAUAACCAUACACUGGAGUACAAUAAUGGCUCAUGGGAUGAAUUUGCAAACUUGCUUUUCGUUGACCAACCCGUCGGGACGGGCUUUAGCUACGUCAGCACCAACAGUUAUCUCCAUGAGCUCGAUGAGAUGUCAGCUCAGUUCAUCACCUUCCUGGAGAAGUGGUUUCAACUGUUUCCUGAGUACGAACGUGACGAUAUAUACAUUGCGGGCGAGUCGUAUGCUGGUCAGCAUAUCCCUUACAUCGCCAAAGCUAUACAGGAACGCAACAAUAAGAUCCAUAAUGACCAGAGUGCCCGGUGGAAUCUUCGCGGCCUUGUGAUCGGUAAUGGGUGGAUCUCUCCGGCUCAGCAGUACCCCUCUUACCUCACCUUCGCAUACGAGGAGGGUCUUGUUACGGAAGGGAGCGGUCUCGCCAAAGAUCUUGAAGUUUAUCAAUCCGUCUGCGAAUCGAAGAUAAGUGCAUCACCGAACGCCAUAAACAUCAGAGAUUGUGAGGAGGUUUUGCAACAGAUUCUGGCGCGCACGAAAGAUACAAAUAAGCUGUGUCACAACAUGUACGACAUCCGCCUCCGAGAUACGUAUCCGUCGUGCGGAAUGAAUUGGCCCACAGACUUGGUGGACGUGAAGCCCUACUUGCAGCGCCCGGACGUGGUUCAAGCCCUGAACAUUAACCCCGAGAAGAAGUCCGGAUGGGAGGAAUGCUCUGGCGCGGUGAGCAGUACCUUCAACGCAGCGAACUCGGUGCCAUCUGUUCAACUACUACCGGACCUUCUCGAGUCCGGCAUUCCCAUCCUGCUAUUCAGCGGCAACAAGGAUCUCAUUUGCAACCAUGUCGGCACGGAGCAGCUGAUCAACAGUAUGAAAUGGAACGGUGGAACUGGCUUUGAAACCUCCCCUGGUGUUUGGGCUCCGCGUCACGAUUGGACGUUUGAAGGUGAACCGACCGGUAUCUACCAAUAUGCCCGGAACUUGACCUACGUCCUCUUCUACAAUGCAAGCCAUAUGGUACCUUACGAUCUACCUCGCCAGAGCCGUGACAUGCUUGACCGCUUCAUGAAGGUCGAUAUCGCCAAUAUUGGCGGGAAGCCGGCGGAUUCACGAAUUGAUGGAGAGAAGCUACCGCAGACCUCCGUAGGCGGCCACCCGAACAGCACAGCAGCCGAGCAGCAAGAGAAGGAGAAGAUCAAAGAGACAGAAUGGAAGGCCUACGCCAAGUCUGGCGAGGCCGCCCUGAUAGUCGUGAUAAUCGGUGUUACGGUCUGGGGUUUCUUCAUUUGGCGCAGCCGACGACGCAACCGCGGCUAUCAAGGAGUCUACCAGAGGGACGUUGGCAGUGGCUCUAUUCUGGAGCGCUUCCACAACAAACGCUCCGGGCCCGCCGAUGUGGAAGCGGGCGACUUUGACGAGUCCGAACUCGACAAUCUUCAUUCACCAGGUCUGGAGCAAGAACAUUAUGCUGUCGGGGAUGACAGUGAUGAAGAGGGUCCGAAUCACCAGCCUGCCACGAAGCCAGGAGGCGCUCAACCAUAG